UCUGAGAAGACACAGCAAAUUAAGAUCCAUCAUCCAUCUCACCAACAACAUAUAUAUAGUAUACACAUAGUGAUAACAAAAAAAAAACAUGGGAGAUCAUCAUGAUUUCAUCAACUCAGGAAGCUGGUGGAAAGUAUCUUCUUCUUCCUCGAUAUCUUCUUCCUCUUCCAUGAGAGCAAACUCAAUUGAAUCUGGUGGUUCUGCUGCUUUCCAUGAUAAGCUUCAUCAUUCAUUAGCUACUGAUCACCAUCUGCAGAUGAUUGGUUUAGGGCUUUCUUCACAAUCACAUGUUGAUCAAUGGAACCAAUCUCUCUUAAGAGGAGAUAGUAAAGCGGAGACAAGCUUUGGAGUGAUGCUUCAAGAGAAUAUCAAUUUAGAUGCGACCUCAAACGCAAACGCUAACACAACGUCAUACCAGUUGCAAGAAUCUGAUCCCUCUCACCACCAAGCUUUGUGGCGAGACCCACGCAUCAAUAACAGCGAUUUCAAACCGCAGCUAAACAUGACGAGUAGCAACAACCGCGGGUUCUUCUUGGAUCAUCAGUUCAGCCCUCACGGGAGCUCAAGCACCGACAGUAGCACAGUGACAUGUCAAGGUUUCUCUUCUGACAAUCCGUCAAACACUUUGUACGGACCAACGGCAACAACUCCUAACUCCUCUUCAGCUAUGUUUCAUCAUCAUCAUCAUCAUCAAGCAGCUGGCUUCAACAUGCCUGGCUCAUCCGAUCAGCAGCCGUCUAGGACUCAUCAGGCAUCAAAUCUUGGUUACUCUCAGUUCGGUUCAUCCACCGGAAACUACGACCAGACGGCGUUGAGAUUCUCUAACAACGCAACGUUUUGGAACCCUACUGCGGCGGGAAACGUGGGUCCUACUCAUCAUGACGCGUCGUCGAACUAUUUUCCGGCGUUACAGCCGCCGCAAAUUCACGCGCCGAGUUUUGACGAACAACCUAAUGGUAUGUCGGAGAUUAAAGAUUCGAGUAGCAGUGAAGUAAAAAGAGUCGGAGGAGAUCAGCCGGCGGCGAAAAGGGCUAAGAGCGAAGCAACCUCUCCGUCACCACCUUUGAAGGUGAAGAAGGAGAAAAUGAGUGACAGAAUCGCUGCACUCCAACAAUUGGUUUCACCUUUCGGAAAGACUGAUCAAGCCUCAGUGCUCUCUGAAGCCAUUGAAUACAUUAAGUUCUUACACCAACAAGUUUCAGCUCUGAGUAACCCAUACAUGAAUAGUGGAGCUUCUUUACAGCAUCAACAGAGUGAUCAUCCGAAAGAGCUAGAAGUAUCAAAAGAACCAGAUCUUAGAAGUCAAGGUUUAUGUUUAGUACCAGUUUCGAGCACAUUUCCAGUGACACACGAUACUACAGUAGAUUUCUGGACUACUACCUUUGGUGGGACUUUUAGAUAGAUCGAUAUAUAGAUGAAAAGGUUGCAUUAGAUCUUGGUCGACAUAUAUUUUAACCUAUAUACACGAAAAUUUGUUGAUAAGAAAAUCACCGCAUUUUAAACGAAGAAGCAAAAUAAGUCAAUGGACAAGUGAAACGUGUUUGUCCAGUUAUUUAUAUUUUGAUUUAUAACUAAUCUACAAAGUAAUGUGUAACUGAAGAACUAUAUAGAGGAUAUAUAUAUAAGAUUUACUGAAAUUUGAGAGGUA